GUUAUGUGGUGUUCGUAUUACGACAUGGUGGCAAGGAUCUUGAAAGCUUUGCACUUUUGAAUUUUGACGAGGCAAGGGAGUUUACUAGUUCAGGCCACUGCUGGGCUUGCUGUGGCUGAAUCUGCAUAUGAAUUUGAACAUCGAGAUCUUCACUGGGGAAACAUUCUUUUAAGUCGAAGCGACUCAAAGGCAUUGCAGUUCACUCUUGAUGGCAGGCAUAUGCUUGUUAAAACAUAUGGACUGAUAAUAUCUAUUAUUGACUUCACUCUGUCGCGAAUAAACACAGGCGAUGAUGUACACUUCUUGGAUCUUUCAUCAGAUCCCGAUCUAUUUAAAGGUCCUAAAGGGGACAAACAGUCAGAAACAUACAGGAAGAUGAAGGAGGUAACAGAAGAUUGGUGGGAAGGAAGUUUUCCUAGAACAAACGUGCUGUGGUUGAUCUACUUGGUCGAUAUACUGCUGACGAAGAAAUCAUUUGAACGUACUUCAAAGAAUGAGAGAGAUCUGCGUUCCUUGAAGAAACGCCUGGACAAGUAUAAUUCAGCCAAGGAAGCAAUGUCCGAUUCUUUCUUCGAUGACUUGUUGGUUGUGGAUGGUACUUAAGCUACGCACGACAGAGGUAGAAAAGACGUGAUCAGCAAGAAAUUUUGUAUCAGAUGACCUCGAAGAAAAAAGAAAGGAGGGAAGGAAGAUGAGGCUGCUAAGGAAAAGAGGAGAUAUAAAGGAGGGAGAUUGUAGAUCAAGGAUUAAUAUUGAUAAGCUGACUGUGCUUUAUAUGUUGUAAACCGAAUCUCGCAUGAUAUGUUUGCACUGUGAUCGUGUCAUUGUGUGGCAUUGUGCACUUACACCUCUUGCUGAUCUCGCUCCACUUGCCUUUUCCCUUUGAUCCCCUUUUCCCGCCAUCUGCACCAAAUACUUUAUUAGUUUAUUUCAUUGCCCAUGUGAAAGCUUACUUAUUGGUACUGUUGACUGCCAGUUUCUCUAAAGCGGUGUCUCAACCCAGUUGUUACUUGGGAAAAAAGAAAAAUAAAUAAAUAAAACACUUCACCGAGCAUAUCGAAUCGAAUUUUAUGGGAUGUAUCUUAUGGCAAAAGCUCUUGUUCUUGUCGAU